CUAAUGCCUCAGACUCUUCCCUUCUUUCAUCCCUCUUGCUCAGGUGCUACCUUUCACUCCUUUUCCUAGAAGGCAGGCAUCCUACCUCUCUCUAGUUGCUCCUCCCUUGGCCCUCCCCUGUUUUCCAUCUAGCCAAACUGGUUUGAGCCAGCCACACCCCCUUCCCAGCUCCUGGGACUCCAGGUGGUGGCUGGCCACCUAACCCCACCCUUGAGCUUGGCUUGGAGCCCUGAGUCAACCCCAUCUCCACCCAAGGCAAAUCAGACCUGAGGCAGGAGCCGAAACUCUCAGUCUCUCAAGUCCUAUAGACAGGUGAUGGAGGACGAGGAGAAGGCAGUGGAGAGCUUGGUGAGCAACACGGAAGCUGCCCAUUCUCCAUCCCCCAUCCGCUGCUGCUGGCUCCGCCUCCGCUACAUGGCAGCUACUAGCAUUGUCUGUGGCUGCUCUUGCCUGGGAGUCAUGGCUCUUGUGUUUGCCAUCAAGGCGGAAGAGCGGCAUAAGGCAGGCCAAUCCAAGGAGGCAGUGCACUGGGGGGCCCGGGCCCGGAGGUUCAUCCUGGCCAGCUUUGUUGUCUGGCUUGCUGUCCUUGUUCUGGGCCCCCUGCUGCUGUGGCUGCUUUCCUACGCCAUCGCUCAGGCUGAGUGACCCUGGGUGGCCUCUGCUGAGUCAGCCGAGACCUCCUGGAUCCUGCAAUGCGGCAUUGCUAAGAUCUGGUGACAGCAGUGGUCCUUCCUGGCUGGAAGGAUGAUGCCUUUCUCAAGGGGUUUUGGAAGAGCUCUUCUAGCCCUCAUAAAAGGAGGGCAGCAGCUGAGACUGAUAAGGGGAGGUCAGUCUGCUCUGUUCCUUCAGUGCCCACCACCCUCUAUUUCCCCCACCACUCCCCAUCCUGGGGGCCUCCACCCAGAGGAGGGGUUGAAGACCAGGCCUGAUUUUAUCAAAAUUUGUUUUGUAAUAAAAACCUUUUUUAGUGCUGAAA